CGUACGUUUCACGACGUGGCUCGAAAGUGCUGCCUGGCCGAUCGAGAUAAGCGACGACGACGAUGACGACGACGACGGCGAUGUGAUGCUACUCCUGGACGACGUCGCCAGUCGAUUCUGGCCCACGUUGAGAUCCGUCGUCGUCCGGCAACGUUGACAGACAUUUGACACUUGGCGAUCGCGCCAAUCGUUCGAUCGUCGUUCGUUGGAAUCCACAGGUAUCUCAGGCAGCGCAUUGCGAAGGUCGACCGUUUUCGCGCAACAAAUUGCAGGCUGGAAUCUGAACGAUUGUCGUCUGCUAAUCGAUCGGGAUCCAGAAGCAUAAGAUAUCGUAAGAUUUCUCCGUCGUUUUUAGAGAUUCCAUCGGGUGACGUGCGCGUUUGUGCUGGUAGAAGAUCGCGAGAACGAAGAUUCGCAAAUUUAAAGUGAGACUAAAAGAUUAAAAGUUGAUCGAUCGCUCUAUAGAUUUCACGGUGAAAGAAUCUGAGAGGUGGAUAAUCAAGGAUAAUCUUGUUUUCGCUGAUCAGUGACACUUUUAUGGACCAGCGUGUGUCGCGCGUGUGCACGCGUUUUAUCGUCACAGCUGGAUUUCAAACAUCGCGGGAGACCGAAUUUCCGUCCAGGAAAUUUAACGCUGAUCGAACGUGAGCAAUGAGGCGGCAAAAUUAGCCGGAAGGACCGGCGGAUCGGAUUAACGUAGUGUCCGGCGUUAUCGUACGCCCAGACCUGCCAAACUGCAGUUACCGCUUAAUUGAAAAAAGGAUCAAAGGAUGACGGCGAAUCAAUUGUGAAAGCGGGGAUAAAGAAGCGGAAUAAACUGUGGGAGAGAAAAGUUGAGGUGCAAUCGGGCAUAUGUAAACGGACAAAGUCUAUAGGGAAAGUCGAAGAACGAUCGUGAGAGCCGAGGAAGAAGCAUAAGUGCCGUUUCCGCGGGGAAUUUAAUAAGCUCUCGCCGGCAGAAUGCCAUCCCGCAGAUCGAAUACGAUGUCUCUGGGGUUUCUGAUGCCAUCGCAAAAUAUCUCGGGCAAUCCACCGACGCUGAAUGGCGUAGCUUAAGGUGGCUUCUUGUGUAUACCACCGUCGCAUGACGCAGAUAAUCGAAACGAUAGCAGACUGAAGAGCUCGAGCAGGCUUCCCUCGUAGCGUGGUUUCAUCCCCUCUUCUCGUUUUUUCCCAACAUCUUUCUCUCUCUCUCUCUCUCUCUCUCUCUUUCUCUCUCUUUUUCUCUUUUUCUCUCUCGAGUCUGCAGCGAUCACGCGACACGAGGAGCGCUUCGCCAUGUACGCGUGACAUCAUGUCGACGACGUCUGUGCGUGACAUAUCAUCGGGUGGUGACUACGUCGAAAGUGACGGUAUACUUGCGUCGAGGGGUGUCGAUGGAUCGGGUACACUCCGAUAUGCCGAGUCCAGGACAACGCGAAUGCAGAACCCCAUAGACCGUGUCCACGCGACGUCGCGACUCGAUGGAUCGAUCGCGCGCAAGAUCCGUCGCGAUCUGGGAACGUCCCGUCGCGGAUAAUCGUCGAUCGUCGUCGCGCGACCGCCGUUGCUGCAGGGAUGGACGAAAUCCUGGAGGAAGGAUUCAACUGAUACGCGUCUAAGCCAGGGAUCUUAGAAACUGGGUGACCGGCUAAAGGGCCGAUUAGAAACAGUACCUCUUUUCCUGCUCAAAGAAGAUCAAGAAGUCUUAUCGUACUUGGUGGAGAAAAAGAAGCAGAAAAGAGGAAAACAAAGGAAGAGACAGAGGAAAGAAAAAGACGAGGAAAGUGGAAGAGGUCAUAGCACUUAAACAUAGUCAGAAAGAGAUAAGUCGAGAUGUCGCGCACAGGAAACAGAAAGAUGGAAUUCCAGGCGAGACGCUCUAAAAUCUCGUGAUCGGUAACUGAGGAGAUAAGACGAUCAUCGUAGAUCGACCGUGAUGGAGGCGAGAACGAAUGGUUCGUUCAUCAGAUCAAUCUUCCGGAACCUCUCGCUGACCUCUCGCGAGCAACGAGCUUCGAACCAACCACCGGGAAGAGAAGCGGAUACUAACAACGUUAUCAAUGUGGUUUCUGCAACCGUGCAGGAAGAAAAGAUGGCGGAUUUUUUGGAUGACGCUCUUUCGACCAACAAUAGCGACGUUGUUGAUGAUAGCAUUGAAUCGAGUUGGUUCAAUGACUCGACGACCGCUGCCGUCUCAACCUUGUCGGAUUCCUCUUCUUCCUUCUUCGCAGAAUCCUCGUCGUCGUACUCUACCUCAAGCGUAGACAACUACACCGGCAGCGUGUCCGAUCUCUUUGUUUUUGAAGACUUGAAUGACUACAUCAAUCGGCUCAACUAUAGCGUCUUCGUGAACCUGACGGCCUACUACGGCGACGGCGGUGCCGGGUUGAACCUCAGCAGCGUGAAUUGUACGUCGUCGAUAGUUGCCGGGAACACUGUCAGGCCGGGGGAUGAGUGCGGGCCGACCGGCGUUGACGAAAAAUCGAACAGCUGGUGGGCCCUGAUACUCGUGAUCGUGCCGUGUUUAACGCUCUUCGGUAACGUACUCGUCAUCUUGGCGGUAGUGAAAGAACGUGCUCUGCAGACUGUCACCAACUAUUUCAUCGUCAGCUUGGCGGUCGCUGAUCUCCUUGUUGCCGUGCUCGUUAUGCCGUUUGCGGUCUACGUACUGGUAAACGGGUCCUGGAGUUUACCUGGGUUUGUGUGUGAUUUUUAUAUCGCAAUGGAUGUAACCUGCAGCACGAGCUCUAUAUUUAAUCUCGUGGCUAUUUCGAUAGACAGAUACAUAGCGGUGACCCAGCCGAUAAAGUACGCGAAGCACAAGAACAAUAGAAGAGUAUGGUUGACGAUACUGUUGGUCUGGGCGAUAUCGGCCGCGAUCGGCAGCCCAAUUGUCCUAGGCCUGAAUAACACUCCCGACCGGAUACCGGAUCAAUGUCUGUUCUACAAUACGGAUUUUAUCAUCUACUCGAGCUUGUCCAGCUUCUACAUACCCUGCAUCAUUAUGGUAUUUCUCUACUAUAAUAUAUUCAAGGCUCUGCGAAACAGAGCAAGAAGGGCACGUGCUAGCAGGAAACCAAAUUUAGGCGAUAUAAAACCGGGAAGUAUUAUCGAAAAUAUCGCACAUACGCGUAGUGGGUAUUCUGUGGCAAGGUUUGCGGAAACGGCGCUGGGGGCGGCCGCCCUGGUGGCUCCUGGGAUCGAGGAACCUACGAACACCGCUUCCGGCAGCAACGAGGACGAGGACGAGACGCCCCUCGAUCCCGUCGUCGUCAUCUCCAACGACAAGAGCACGGAAUUCUUUUUAGCCACGGUCGUCGAGGAAGCAGCUUGUCGUUUCAGCGCCGUGGCGCAGGCCCAGCUGUCCGGGACACCUAGUGUACAGCGGAAUGACUCCAGCGGCUUUGAUGGUGCGGCGAGCAGCACGAUGAUCCACGAACCGCUCGAGACCAACUCCAGUCCGAGUCCGAAUCCGCGAAUCACCUCGGGUCCACCAUCCUCGUCAACCUCGUCGUCGCCGCCACCGCCUCGAGGUCCGACCAGCGUUUCCUCCUCGACACAGACGAAGAAGAAUGGUAACAACGGAGGCGCAAACAAGCAGGAACUGAAGCGACUAAAGAGCGCCGGCUCGCUUUUGCCGCUGCAGCUUGCCAGGACGCCUAGCGUACUGUCGUCCUCCGGAAAAAAGGACCGGAAGAACGCGUCGGCCGGGUCAAGGUUCACGAUAUAUAAGGCCAAUAAGGCCAGCAAGAAAAAGAGAGAGAAAAGCUCGGCCAAGAAGGAACGUAAGGCCACGAAGACGUUGGCGAUCGUACUAGGUGUCUUUUUAAUAUGCUGGGUACCUUUCUUCACUUGCAACAUUAUGGAUGCAAUUUGCACGAAGCUAACGACUGCUUGUCAGCCUGGUGUCACAGCCUUCAUCGUCACUUCCUGGUUGGGCUACAUGAACAGCUUCGUGAAUCCUGUAAUAUACACUGUGUUCAACCCCGAAUUCCGUAAGGCCUUCCGUAAGCUGAUCAGCGUGUAAGCGAACGAUUCGUACCUCUUA